GUUUGGGUCGCAGAGGGCAGCAAAAGAGAGAGACAGGGAGAUGCACAUGGAUUAACAAAAUUCUAGUUUCUGCUUUGAGUUUGUAGAAAUAAAAAUGCUGAAGCUUUUCCGGCAAUGCUCCGUUUUUACGAAUUGGGUUUCAUCAAUUCGGGUUGGGUUAUUGGGUAAUCUGGAGCCCAGAAGAGGGUUUUUCUCAAUCUCAGAGGAUAUUGAGCUGAAGGAGUUGAUGGAGUACAUGGACUCACUGAAGAACUAUGAGAAAUCAGGGGUUCCUGUCGGAGCGGGCACCGAUUCCAACGACGGGUUUGAUCUGGGUCGAAUGCAGACUUUGAUGGAACUCAUGGGUAGUCCUCAUUUUAAGUUCAAGGCUGUUCACAUUGCUGGAACGAAAGGAAAAGGAUCAACAACAGCAUUUCUGAGCAACAUUUUGAGGGCAGAAGGGUAUUCAGUUGGGUGUUAUACUAGCCCACAUAUUCGAACUAUCAGGGAGCGAAUUACUCUAGGAAGGUCUGGUGAGCCAGUGUCGGCAAAGGCUUUGAACUGUAUCUUUCAAGAGAGUAAAAAGAAUGUUGAUUGUGCUAUUGAAGUUGAGAAUGGAUAUAUUAGUCACUUUGAGGUUCUUACUGCACUAGCAUUCACACUAUUUGCCAAAGAGAAGGUUGAUAUCGCAGUGAUUGAGGCUGGGUUGGGGGGUGCUCGGGAUGCAACUAAUGUCAUUCCUAGCUCUGGACUUGCCACAUCCAUCAUUACUACAAUAGGUGAGGAACAUUUGGCCGCACUUGGAGGUUCUUUGGAAAGUAUUGCAAUGGCGAAGUCCGGAAUCAUGAAACAUGGCUGCCCAGUGGUUUUAGGUGGUCCAUUUCUUCCACAUAUCGAGUGCAUUCUUCGUGAUAAAGCAUUGCUGAUGAAUUCUCCUGUAGUAUUAGCAUCUGAUACAAGAAACAAAAGCAAGAUAAAUGGUUUUAGCAUGCUUGAUGGUAGACCCUUCCAAUCUUGUGAUAUAGUGAUACAGCUUGAGAGUGACUUAAAGCUGUCAAUUGAAUUAUUGGAUUUGAAACUAUUCAUGCUUGGAAGUCACCAACUUCAGAAUGCUGUAACUGCUACUUGUGCAGCACUAUGUCUCCGUAACUUGGGAUGGAGAAUUUCAGAUGCAUCCAUUAGAACUGGUUUACAGCAGACUCACCUUCUUGGAAGAAGUCAAUUUCUAACAUUGGAAGAAGCCGAGGCAUUGGGAUUGUUUGGAGCAACAAUAUUGCUUGAUGGAGCCCACACCAAAGAAUCUGCUAAAGCGCUGAUGGACACUAUAAUGAUGACUUUCCCAGAGUCGCGAUUGAUUCUUGUGGUUGCAAUGGCAAACGACAAAGAUCAUCUAGGUUUUGCAAGAGAGUUUCUUUCAGGUGGGCAUCUAGAGGGUGUCAUUUGUACAGAAGCUAACAUUGCUGGGGGAAAAACUCGGACAACUGCAGCAUCAGUGCUAAGAAAUUGCUGGAUCCAAGCUUCCAAAGAACUGAGCCCAGAUAUCGUUCAUGAUCAAAUGACAGAAUGUCAAGACUUUUCAAAGGUCCAAUUAGUUGGCUUAAGCGCCUCAAGAAAAAGACCAUUACUUGCUGCCGUGCCUUCAUUUCAGGAUUCCAUGAAGAUUGCAAAUCAAAUUCUCAGGGGAAGAACCAGGGAUCAAUCUCAUAUUACUGUAAUAACUGGCUCUCUACAUAUAGUUGCAUCAACAUUAGCUACCCUCAAUGCAUAAUGGCUUCACUUUUGUCACUGUGAACUGUCCAGAAAAUUACUGUAGUGCAGAAAAAGCAUGAGGAAUUCUGGAAUUUCAUGGGGCUCAUCAUCAUUUAUACUUCAAAUUUUGUAUUAUACAUGUUGACGGCAUGCACACUCAUAGCCUUUGGGAGGAGGACCACUUUUUUUUCUUUUUCUUUUUUCAGAUUGUUCGAAGUUAAUGACACGGUAUGGUUAAU